CGGGCCCUGGCUCCUGCAGUAACAACGUGAUGGUUGUUUUCCAGGCCGGGUCCAGGGGACUCUCAGCUGUCAAAGGCAGAGAGGGCGUGGGAGGAGGGACAUAUCGAUAUGGAGCUGGACAUGCUUGUCCUCUGCAGUCGCUAAUCAGUCAUUGUGGUCCAGCCGUCAGACUAAUCCACACGUUCCCGAGCAGGAUGAUUGACGUUCGGGCAUGGGCAGAGUACGUGGUGGAGUGGGCCGCCAAAGACCCCUAUGGUUUCCUCACCACUGUCAUACUGGCUCUCACCCCUCUCUUCAUCGCCAGUGCACUGCUCUCCUGGAAACUGGCCAAGAUGAUUGAGGUGCGUGACCGGGACCAGAAGAAAAAGCAGAAACGUCAGGAAAACAUAGCCAAGGCAACCAAGAGGACCAAGAAGGACUGAGUCUGCGAGGGUAGGAUGGGGGCAUAGAAGAAAACAAAAAUAAGGAGGAGCACCCACCACGCUCACGGCCCUCCUUAUUCCAAAUGACAUGGUGCCCUUCCUCGUCCCAGCCCUACCGUCAGCACAGGGCCACCACGCCUCAUGUCCGGGGUAGGAGGAGGGACAGUGGCCCCACAGGCCUAAUAGUGCUGAGACGGACAGUACUGCCUGGAGGAGGCUUGUCCCGGUGGGACUUAGGUCAGCAAGAGCGCAGUGGUUAUCUGUAUGAUGUGUUUUAUACAGAAAUCCGCUGAUAAUAUUGUGCAGCUGUUGCAACACCUUGCAUUCCAUUGUUGGCAUCUCUGUUCUGCUGAAUUGACAAUGUAACGAGCAAACUGGAACAUGUUCUCCACGUCACUCGCAAAGUAUCCAAAUUAUAACUUUUUAAUCAAUAAAGUUUUCAUGGUUGAUAAGAAAA